UCCGCCCUGCCCUGCCCGGUCCGUGCCAUCACCUCCUGACCCUCGCCGCUGCAGUGUGUCCCCGCGACCUGUGGCCUUGCAGAUGGCAGUGAUAUCAGGCAGUGACCCAUUUUCUUCUGUGCUCACCCCAUCCACGCCCCCGCCCCCGCCGGCGCCCCCAGCAGGCCCUCCCGGCAAUUACCCCUUCUUCCACCCCGGCAACGUGACCACCCCCAGCGGCAGCAGUCUGUUAGGCUCUGGUGCAGCACUCACCCCCUUCAGGAUGGUGCCCCCGGCCCUGCCUGCUGCCCCCUGCUUUCCGGAUCUCGUCAGCAGCCUGCACUGCGGCCUGCCCGGUGCCUUGCAGGCCUACAGUGUGCUGUCCCUCGGGGCCUUCCCGUGGAGCCUCAGCCAGUACAGCCGCCUCCUGCUGACCCCCGGGGGCCGCCUCAGCAGGCCCAAGAAGCGCUACAUCUGCAAGUACUGCCAGCGGGAGUUCACCAAGAGCUACAACCUGCUGAUCCACGAGCGGACGCACACGGACGAGCGGCCCUUCCCCUGCGACAUCUGCGGCAAGGCCUUCAGGAGGCAGGACCACCUCCGCGACCACAAGUACAUCCACAGCAAGGAGAAGCCCUUCAAGUGCGAGGCGUGCGGCAAGGGCUUCUGCCAGGCGCGCACGCUCGCCGUGCACGAGAGCGGCCAUGCGGAGGAGGAGCGGCGUGAGGCGGAAGCGGAGGCUGACAAGGCUCGCAGAGAGGACCGCGCCUACACCCACGCCCGCACCAACACCCAAAGCCACGCCCAGGCCCUUACCGGCACCGAGGCAGAGGCAGCCACCACCCGUAGAGAGGUCCCUCCACCCACCCACGCCCGCACCGACACCCACACUAACACCCACGCCCACAUUCACGCCCAAACCCAUACACACCCACACACCAGCACCCAGGCCUUGAAAAACACCCACGCCCACACAUCCAUGAAAGCCUGUGCCAAGACUCUCACUCCCGCUCACACCCACACGCACACUAACACCCCAACCCACGCCUAUACCCACGCCCACACCAGCACCCACGCCCACACAUCAAACCCUCCGGAUCUCCCUCCCCCCCAGGCCCCUCUGACUCCAUCCUCCCCACCCACACCUCUACUUUCCUGUUACUCCCCACCCACACCCCUGCAGAUCACCUCCUCCCCACCCCCAACCUCUCCCACAUUCUCAUUUGCCUCCAUCUCCUCACACACAUCCCUAACAUCCUCGUCAUCUCCACCCACACCCACAACUACACCCACACUAGUCACCCCACACCCACAAUCUUUCCCCGCACCCACACCCUCUCCCACAUCCCCACAAUCCUCCUCCUCUUCUUCCUCUCCUUUUCCCUCCUCUCUCUCCUCAUGUCCCCAACCUAAGCCAGAAGCCCUCUCAGUCCCAUUGACCCCCGCCAAGGCCCCCCCAGCCCCCAGCAAGACCUUAGCCCCACCACGUCGCGGGUUCACUAUCCUUGAUCUCAUGAGCUAAGCAGACAGACAGACAGACAGACAGACAGACAGUCAAUGCAGUCUCCCCCUUUCUAUUUCAUUCUUCUUCGUUUUCUUUCGUCUUUCACUCCCAUAUUUUCAAGUGCUCCUCCCCACAUACUCCCUGCCCUCUCCCCACACACAUGCACUUCUCCCCCCCUCCUCCCCAUAAACUCCCCCACUCCCCACGUCCCCCAUCCAGUGUCAUGUUUCAACCCUCCCUUCCCAUCCUUGUAUUUCCUCGCAAAAUAUCUCACCCAAAGAAGUACUAACUAAUGGGGAGCAUGCCCGGGGGUGCGUCGCUUCACUCCCGACAGUACCCCUGAGCAAGUUCCCACCCAGCCGCCGUAUCCAACUUCAAUCCUUCCCGGCAGAAUCGAUCGAAUCAAGAAUAAUAAGAACGAAUCCUAUUAGUCGGCUUGAGUGUCGUGUUGAGCUCACUAUAUCGUCGUUCAUUCCCUAUUACUGUUUUCGUUGUGUUGUCUUGUGUUGUCUGUGUGCUGUGUUUAUACCUCUGUGUCUGAGUGUGUAUAGGGAAGGUGUUUUUGAGUUUGUUAUGCGA